GCGCGCUCAUAAAUUACAGCGCAGCCCGGACUUCGCGAGCGCAGCGCCCGAGCUGAGGCUAGAAGGCAGGCGGCGACAUGAGCUCGGCGCCCGCGUUCCUGAGUGCGGCCGAGGUGGAGAGCCACCUCCGCAGCUCCAGCCAACUCAUCCCGCCUCUGGAAGCGGCUCUGGCCAACUUCUCCAGCGGCCCCGAUGGCGGGGUGGUGCAGCCGGUGCGCACCGUGGUGCCAGUGGCCAACCACCGGGGCUUCCUGGGCGUCAUGCCCGCCUACAGUGCAGCUGAGGACGCGCUAACCACCAAGCUGGUCACCUUCUACGAGGGUCACAGCACCACCUCCACUGUCCCUUCCCAUCAGGCCACCGUGCUACUCUUCGAGCCCAGCAAUGGAUCCCUGCUGGCGGUCAUGGAUGGAAAUGUUAUAACUGCAAAAAGGACGGCUGCUGUUUCUGCCAUUGCCACCAAGUAUUUGAAACCCCCCAACAGUGAAGUUUUAUGCAUCCUGGGGGCUGGAGUCCAGGCCUCCAGCCACUAUGAGAUCUUCAAAGAGCAGUUCUCCUUUAAGGAGGUGAGGAUAUGGAACCGUACAAAGGAAAAUGCAGAGAAGUUUGCAAACACUGUGCAAGGUGCAGUCCGGGUCUGUUCAUCCGUCCAGGAGGCUGUCACAGGAGCAGAUGUGAUCAUCACGGUCACCCUGGCAACAGAGCCCAUUUUAUUUGGUCAGUGGGUGAAGCAGGGGGCUCAUAUCAAUGCCAUUGGAGCCAGCAGACCCGACUGGAGAGAACUGGAUGAUGAGCUCAUGAAACAGGCGGUGCUGUAUGUGGACUCCCGGGAGGCCGCCCUAAAGGAGUCGGGGGAUGUUUUGUUGUCAGGGGCAGAGAUCUUUGCUGAGCUGGGAGAAGUGGUGAAGGGCGUGAAGCCAGCCCAGUGUGAGAAGACCACGGUGUUCAAGUCUUUGGGCAUGGCAGUGGAGGACACAGUUGCAGCCAAACUCGUUUAUGAAUCCUGGUCAUCUGGUAAAUAA